AUGACUAUACCAUUGGAUGUUGCACUUAUUGCUGCUAUUUCACGACCGACUGGAGUAAUUGGCCACAAAAACACUCUCCCCUGGCCUCGUUUAUCAGCCGAUUUUCAUUGGCUCAAACAACUUACCACUCAAGUACCAACUGGGUUAAUCAUGGGCCGAGCCACCUACGACUCAAUUGGCAAGCCUUUACCCGGCCGGACUAUGGUUGUACUUACUUCUCAAGUCAGUGUGUUAACUUCCGGUUCUUAUCCUUCUCUUUACUAUGUUCCUAAUUUAACCUCAGCCUUAGACUUUUGUACUACUCAAAACCUUCGUCCUAUUAUCUUUGGAGGUUCUUCUCUCUAUACUGAAGCUCUCCAAACUCUUCCAUGCACUAUCUAUCUCACCCUUAUUGAAGAUUCUUUUACUGGCGACAGACACUUCCCCAUGCACCUCAUUGAUCCAAGCAAACUCACCAAUAUAACUUCCCAAGCCACUGGUCAACCCAAUCUCACUAUUACCCAAUCCGGUUUGACAUUUGGCUUCUACACCAUGUUCCAUACUCCCAACUCCAUACCUCUCCAAUAA